AUGGAGUACGCCCAAUACCCACAGCAGCCACAGAACGCGCAUCAGCAGGGACACGUUCAGCCAGGGUACCCUAAUCCGGCAGCCGGCAACAACAUUACCUCGCCGACAAACCACAACAUUCACCCUCACGGUGUUCAGACCUCCCCCAUACUCUCCACGCAGCAGCAGCAGUCCGCCCAGGGCCAGAACCCCGCCAUGUUCCAGACACAAUAUAACGUCCCGCACUAUGCGAUGCCUGGCAUCCAGGCCGCAGCCAUGGCUGCGACCGCCGCGGCGUCGGGACAGUCUAAUUAUCCCUACAUGUCCUCCGACCCAAACAUGCCCCAAACCUCGCCGAGGAUGGGUGGCCAAAAGAAGGAUCUUCGCGGGCCUAGGUCACCCCAGAUGAACAACCUCGCCGGCCAACGGCGUCUCAGCCAAGUCACAAGUCCCGGCAUGCCUAAUCAGGCGCAGAACAUGAUGGGACACGUCGGACGCCCUGGAGUCGCCGCUCCGCAAUUGCCUCCAGCGUCCGCCAUGGCGCAUCCUCAGUCUCCCGAGCUCGCCGCUGGUGGUGUCGAGGAGUCACCACUCUACGUCAACGCAAAGCA